AUGAUGCAAUCAUUCGUUUCCAAAAACGAUAGCCAAGAAAAACAGCCAUCGGAAAACAACCGUGGUCUAGAACUCACGUUAGGAUAUGGUGGUUUUCCGGUGGUUCCACCUCCACAAGAUGAUGCUAAUAAUUCUAAGAAUGUGGGCCAUGAUGAAUCCAACAAAAACCAUGGUCUAGACCUUGGAUUAGGAACCUUACUUGUUCCCUUAAUCCCACCAUCACAACCGGUUAACCACCUUGCACCCGGUUUAGACACAGCCUCUUUGAUCAACUCCUUAGGCCGAGACAUCUCAAUCACAUGUCUGCUCCGUUGCCCACGAACCACCUAUGGUUCAAUAGCAUCACUAAACCGAAGCUUCCGAGAACUUAUUAGAAGUGGUGAAAUUUAUAAUCUAAGACAAGAUAACAAAGUUAUCGAGUAUUGGGUUUAUUUUUCUUGUCAUUUCGCAAAAUGGGAAGCUUUUGAUCCAUCUACCAAAACAUGGAUGAAACUCCCUGUAAUCGAGUCAGACCAUUGCUUCCAGUACUACGAUAAGGAAUCCGUAGUUGUCGGCACAAAGCUACUACUUCUUGGCAAAGAUAUAAUGGGCCAUGCGACUUACAUAUACAACUUAUUAACAAAUUCAUGGUCGUUAGGGACGAAUAUGAUUGAACCCAGAUGUUUAUUCGGGUCAGCAAGUCUCAAUCAUAUAGCAAUCUUUGCGGGUGGCAUUAAUCAAGCCGAAGAGAUAGUGGACACGGUGGAGGUUUACGAUAGUAGAUCCGGAAAUUGGGAGAUGCUUCCAAGAAUGAUUAAACCAAGAAAAAUGUGUUCGGGGGUUUAUAUGGAUGGGAAGUUUUAUGUUAUCGGAGGGGUAGGGGGUGGAGGGAUAUCUUUGACAUGUGGUGAAGAGUAUGAUUUUGAUUUGAAAAAAUGGACGGAAAUACCUAAUAUGUCUCCGGUGGAUGCAAAUGGUGGUUGGAGUGCACCACCGCUAGUGGCGGUGGUAGAUAAUGAGUUGUAUGCUGGUGAUUGGGGUGAAAUGGAAUUAAAAAAGUAUGAGAAAGAGAGGAAGCAAUGGGAUGUUAUAGGGAGGUUGCCAGAAAGGGCACAUUCGGUGAAUGGGUGGGGGGUGGCGUUUACUGGAUGUGGGAAUCGGAUUAUUAUCAUUGGUGGACCUCGGAAAGACGAUAAUAGUGUUGUGGAAAUAUAUUCUUGGAUUCCGAGUAGAGGGGUGCCGGAGUGGAGCCUUAUUGGUCAGAAAAGAUGGUCAUAUAAUAACUUCGUUUAUAAUUGGGGUGUGAUGGGUUGCUAA